AUGUCUUCCUCCGCUGCCUGCAUUUUUUGCAAGAUUAUCAAGGCUCGACAAUUCCCCCCUCUCCCGACCAGCUCCGCGUCCACAGCUCUAACCCGUAUCCCAGGUGAUAUCCCUUCUUUCAAGCUCUUUGAGAGCGACAAGGUCUUCGCCUUCUUGGACAUUCAGCCGCUGAGCCGUGGCCAUGCGCUCGUGAUCCCCAAGUUCCACGGUGCGAAGCUCACCGAUAUUCCUGACGAGGACCUGCUGGAGAUUCUGCCCGUGGCAAAGAAGAUUGCCAAGGCCAGUGGCGCGACGGACUUCAAUAUUUUGCAGAACAAUGGUCGUAUUGCGCACCAGGUUGUUGACCACAUCCCCAAGCCAAAUGAGGAGGAAGGUAUGAGCAUUGGCUGGCCUACUCAGGAGACCAACAUGGACAAGUUGAAGGCUCUGCACGAGGAGAUCAAGUCUAAGAUGUAAAUGCUGGU